AUGGAUGUCCCUGUUGCAGCAAAUGUUUUGGGCACCAUUGGCGCUCUACUCCCUCAAAUCGCAGUAAACCAUCGGCGCCACCACACCGAGGGUCUACAGCCUUCGAUGAUGAUUCUAUGGGCAAUUGCUGGCGUUCCGCUUGGGACAUACAAUAUAGUUGAGGAGUUCAACAUUGCCCUGCGGAUCCAGCCUCAGAUUUUAACGCUGCUGAGUCUCGCAACUUGGACGCAGUGCAUGUAUUAUGGAAAAAAAUGGCCCGUGAAGAAAUGUCUCAUUACUGUUUUUAUUCUCUGCGCCGUGUUCGGCGGUGUCCAAGCCGCCCUAAUAUUUUUGCUCCGAAUCGCAAAGCAUCACGAAGUCCAAUGGCCCAUCACCAUGAUGGCCAUUUUAAGCGCCUGUCUCCUCGUUGCCGUAUACCAACCCACACUUGAUAUACUCGGGAUGGCUAUCUACGGAAGCGAGCUAGCCUUUUGGUUGGGAAUCUGUGCGUGUGGUUUCUUUAUGAAUUUCUCCCCCUGGAUUAAGAAGAAAGCCAGAGCAUGGGGAUAUCGUGCGGAAGAAGAGUCUAGGAGUGAAGAAAAUGAACCUGCGACACAACAGCCCCAACAAAUUUACCUUCAGGAGGUGCCGUCAUCUACCUCUGUGUUUCAAACAGCGUCUGGGACAACGGACACGCUGAGGAGGAGAGACACUGUUGUGCAAGAGCCAUAA